GCCGGGGUGACAUGUGAGCGGGAGCGCAGGCAGGUGGAAAGCCGAGCGCCAUGGAGCGGGUAAUAAGAGAGUUGGAGUCGGAAAGUGCCGCCCCAGUAGCGGGCGAAGCGGCCGGUCAGCGAGCGGGCUCCGGCGGCCCCCAGCCUGCCCGCCCCUGGCCCCGGCCCCGGCCCCGGCCCCAGCCUGGCCCUUAGCGCCCCCUCCUCGGCUCGGCUCAGCUCUCCCUCGGCGCCUGCCCCCAGGGCACCCAGCCGCCCACCCUCCGGCAAGCCGUCCCUCCUCGGUCCGCGCCUCUGUCUCCGCCGUCAGCUGGUCCCUGACGAGCCGGCGCUCUCAGGAGCCGGAGAGGAGCCGGAGCCGAAGCGGAGCCCGAGCCGGGUCGGGGCAGCCCAUUGGGGCGGGGCGGGGCGGGGGCCGGGGCCAUGCCCGGCUGAGCCCAGGCGGGCUGAGCGCUCCUACCCUCCGCCCCGGAGCCCGGCCCGGGCUGGCCCCCGCCCAUGGCCCGGGGCGAGGCCCCCCCGCUUCGCCUCAGCCUGGCCCCGCCGCCCGGCCCCGGGCCGGGGGAUGCCUCCCAGCCCGAGCUGGUGGCGCUCACGGCGGUGCAGAGCGAGCAGGGCGAGGCGGGGGCGGGCUCCCCGCGCCGCCUGGGGCUCCUAGGCAGCCCCCUGCCUCCGCAGCCGGGCCCCGGCUCGGGCUCGGGCUCCGCCUCAGGCUGCGGCCAGCGCUCCACCGCUGCCCAAAAGCGCUACCGCCGGCUGCAGAACUGGGUCUACAACGUGCUCGAGCGACCCCGUGGCUGGGCCUUCACCUACCACGUCUUCAUAUUCUUACUGGUUUUUAGCUGCCUGGUACUGUCGGUGCUGUCCACCAUUCAGGAGCACCAGGAGCUUGCCAAUGAAUGUCUCCUCAUCUUGGAGUUUGUGAUGAUUGUGGUGUUCGGCAUGGAGUACAUCAUUCGGGUCUGGUCUGCCGGCUGCUGCUGCCGCUACAGGGGCUGGCAGGGACGUUUCCGCUUUGCCCGGAAACCAUUCUGUGUCAUUGACUUCAUCGUGUUCGUGGCCUCACUGGCCGUCAUUGCGGCUGGUACCCAGGGGAACAUUUUCGCCACAUCUGCCCUGCGGAGCAUGCGCUUCCUCCAGAUUCUGCGCAUGGUGCGCAUGGACCGCCGUGGAGGGACCUGGAAGCUGCUGGGCUCCGUGGUCUAUGCACACAGCAAGGAGCUGAUCACCGCCUGGUAUAUCGGUUUCUUGGUCCUUAUCUUCGCCUCCUUCCUUGUCUACCUGGCUGAAAAGGAUGCCAACUCCGAUUUCUCCUCCUAUGCAGAUUCACUAUGGUGGGGCACGAUCACACUGACCACCAUCGGCUAUGGGGACAAGACCCCCCAUACGUGGUUGGGCCGGGUCCUAGCAGCCGGCUUUGCCUUACUGGGCAUCUCUUUCUUCGCCUUGCCUGCUGGCAUCCUGGGCUCUGGCUUUGCUCUAAAGGUUCAGGAACAGCAUCGUCAGAAGCACUUUGAGAAGCGCAGGAUGCCAGCAGCCAACCUCAUCCAGGCUGCCUGGCGCCUCUACUCCACCGACACAAGCCGGGCUUACCUGACGGCCACCUGGUACUACUAUGACAGUAUCCUCCCAUCCUUCAGAGAACUGGUAAUAUUAUUUGAGCAUGUGCGGCGGGCCCGUAAUGGGGGCCUGUGGCCCGUGGAGGUGCGGAGGCCCCCUGCACCCACUGGAGCACCCACCCGAUAUCAGACCUUCGCCACCUGCCACCGGCCGGGCAGCGCCUACUAUUGCCCUGGGGAAAGCACUAAGAUGGGCAUCAAGGACCGUAUCCGAAUGAACAGUGCCCAGCGCCAGUGUGGAAGGACCAAACAGCACCUGGCCCCACCGCCCCGAACCUCCCCAGGAAGUGAGAGUGAGAAUGUUAGUGUGGGAGAGCCUACCAGCCCUACUAAAGUCCAGAAGAGCUGGAGCUUCAAUGACCGGACUCGUUUCCGGGCAUCAUUGAGGCUCAAGACUCGGGCAUCAGCAGAGGAGGGCCCCUCUGAAGAUGUGGCAGAGGAGAAGGGUUACCAGUGUGAGCUCACUGUGGACGAUGUCAUACCUGCCAUCAAGACAGUGAUCCGCUCUGUCCGGAUCCUGAAAUUCCUGGUGGCCAAGAGGAAGUUCAAGGAGACUCUGAGGCCCUACGAUGUGAAGGAUGUCAUUGAGCAGUACUCGGCUGGCCACCUGGACAUGCUCGGCAGGAUCAAAAGUCUGCAGGCUCGUGUGGACCAGAUCGUGGGCCGGGGGAGUGGGGAUCGUGGGGAUCGAAAGACCCGCGAGAAGGUAGAAAAGGCUCCCUCGGAUUCUGGAGAAGCUGGAGACGAGAUCAGCAUGCUGGGGCGAGUGGUCAAAGUAGAGAAGCAGGUGCAGUCUAUCGAGCACAAACUGGACCUGUUGCUGGGUUUCUACUCCCGGUGUCUGCGGGCGGGAGCAGCUUCCUCCGCCAGCCUGGGCACGGUGCAGGUGCCCCUCUUUGACCCGGACAUCACGUCGGAUUACCACAGCCCCGCAGACGCCGAGGACAUCUCCGUGUCUGCUCAGACACUCAGCAUCUCUCGCUCGGCCAGCGCCAAUAUGGACUGAGGGAGCUUCCCCACUCUCCCAGGGACCGACCCCUGACUGGCCCCUCAACCUGGCACGGGCCUCGCCCGCCUGCCCGCCCUCCCGCCAUCCGAUCUUACUUGAACAGGCCUUCCUUCCUGAGACUCUCCUCCCAUGCACUAUCAAGCUGCCAGGAUGGGGGAGGCACCUGUGCCCGCAGCAGGCAUCUGGUGGGCACCCAAGUGCCCCAGGCUGGGCAACCUCCCCAAACCAGACGCUGGGCCCACCCCUGGUCAUGGAGCCAGGCAGACGCGUUGCCAAGGGAGCCCCUUAGACCACGGAGGGCCAGCCCAGGACCUGUGACUCUAGUGCCCACUGGGGGGCCCCAGGGGUGAGCCCCUCCCCUCCCAAAAGCCGUGUGGCACCUCGGGCUCCCCAGACACCUUGGUCCCAGAUCAGGGAUCGCUCUAACAGCUAUGCAAGACUGGUUCUCUCUCACAGCCUUCCUGGAGGGGCGAGUUCUCCAGGGAAGGCCCUGGCACUGUCAGAAGUGCUGACACCCUCCCUUCCCUCCACCCCUGGGGUCCUCUGCAGGCCCCACCUCAAAGCACAGUGAUCCUGCCCCAGCGGGCAGGCACCAUAUAUGCAAACCACAUUAAAUAUGCAACUUUCCAGGCUGGACAGGGGGUCCCCUGGGGUCUUGGACCCAGUCCCGUCCAAGCUGGUCUCAGGCUGCCUCACUAGGCCCUGCCCAGCCCCUGGGGCCUUGGGGGGCUGCUAACAUGGCCAGUGCCUCUCCUUCCCCACUGGGGCACCAGAAUGGACGGGGGCCUUAUGGGCUGAGCCCAGCCCUUCACCUCUCUUAGAGGACUCUCUUCUGGCCAGUCAACUCCACAGUUGUCAGGUGAAGGGCAGCCCCCUCCCCAAACAAAGCGAAAGGUAAAGGCAUUGAUUCCCUUCCACCCACCCAGUUGCUUCCAGGAGCCCUGACCAUGGACAGCUUGGAAACUGGAGGGUGUUUGCUCUCCCAGGGAAGAGAUCUCCCCGAGCCCUGGCAGCAGGAGGUGGGGGUGGGUGCCAGGAAGGGUGCAGACUUUGGAUGGAGCCCACCUGAUCCCCCUCCCCAGCACCUGGCCCCCAUUUGGCAGGGUCAAAGGAGAAGAGCUGAUUCCUUCCUAACCAGGAUACUCUUUUCAUAAGGAAUGGGCUCUGCUGGUAUCCUCUGUGCUCCCAGCCCCAGAGCAAAGAGGGGCAGCAGGGCCCAAGACCCCAGGCAGAGGGUGACCAGCACAGAGGGAGAAGAAGCCUCAGCCCCCCACCCCCACCCCAGAGGAUAGCUGGCAGUGCACACACACACUCCCACUCUGAACUCCCCCCUUUACUGCCCAGGGGCCACCUCCAGCUCUCUUUCACAGCCUCCCUGGCAUGUGCCCAGCCCUAGAACAUCCUUGGAAACAGAACUUCAGAGACCCCCCCAAAGAUGUGGAAGAAGGGAGACAAGGUCCCCCUACUCCCCUAGGAGGGCAGUGCCUGGUGCCUGUCCUGUGCCAGGGAAGGACUUUGCAUCUCGUCCCAGGGGGCUCUGCAUGCAUCCAUCCUUGGGAUAGCCCCCCUCCCCCUGCUGCACCUCCUCCCUUCCCCCCCUGCAUGCCCUCUGCAUGUGUUGCUGCCCUUUGUCCACCUCUGGCCCUUCCAUUCCCUCCUCUGCACUGACCCCCAGAGAUGGAGCUGGGGCUGAGACCCUCCGACCAAAUGAGAGCCCAGAGUAGUCCCCCUUCCCCUGGUGCCCCACCGCCAUUGAGGUUCCCCCACCAACCUGGUUCUCAGACAUGCAAGUACCUCACUCUGUUAACUUCAUUAACUUAUUGGUUUCAUUAAAGUUUUCAGUAGAAGGUG